UGUUCAUAUGCGGAGGGAGGCGGCCCGGGCAGGCUUUGGAAGGCAGAAAAGCAGACAUGGUUCAUUGAAGGCCUUUGCAUAUAAAACUUCAGCAAUAAGAUGGAAGCAUAAGUCUUGAGAUUUAGAACAGAACCAGAAAUGGCUCACGACUACUAAAACAAGGCACAUCGGAGCCACCAACACUUCCCGUGUGAGCAGUGGAAAAGGGACAACUACCAUGGUAACACUAAUAACGGAAAAGCUGCAGAACCAGAGCCUGGACGAUCUGGCAUGUAAAACAUACAAUAUUCAUUUGUACUCAUCUGAGAAACUGAACAAAAGUGGCAGCUUGUUCCCUUUUGACAUCAAUGAAGAGAGUCCUUGGAAAGCUUUAAAUGGGGGUUGUCCAAUCCAAGCUGAAGCGACCAAAAAUUCAGCUUACCCUUUCCCAGUGUGCCCAUUCAGUAGAGGCACAGCCACCAACGUGAGUCUGCAAUGGCAGCAGGAAACUUUCAAUCAUCUAUGGAGUCCUUCUAUGGUGUCAGGAUGGAUAAGUGAACUAAACCUUAAUGAAAGCUCGGGACAGCCAUUGGCACCACCUACCAAACGCCACUGUAGGUCACUCUCUGAGCCAGAUGAAUUGGCUCGCUGUCGGUCACCAUGGAAACCCGGCAGUUCAAAAGUCUGGACUCCUGUAUCAAAGAGACGAUGCAACAGUGGUGGCAGUGCCACUCUGCAGCGCUGCAACAGUCAUGGGAGUGCAAACUUACAAAGAAGCACAAGUAUCAGCUUGCCACAAAAUGUUCUGUCCUUAAAUAGUGUCUUCACUAUCACCAGCUUCAACACGUCUCCAGUCCCCAGACCUUCCUCUGCGAGCAGCGGCUUCGUGGACAGUAGUGAGGGAAGCACAAGUUCAAGUAUCCGCUGGAAUUCUGCAGGACACUGUGACUUUAACCCUAGGCGUCGCCUUUCCCUUUCACAGGAGCACAUCACUGAGACAGGAAACCUCUUGCCUUCAGCCAACAGCACUCCCACCUCCACACCAGAGCUCAGCCGGCGUCAGGGCUUGCUGAGAUGCCGUUCACAGCCUUGUGUCCUGAAUGAAAAGAAAAGCCGGCUAAAGCGCAGACGGGAGGAGGAUGUAAGGUGGAAUCGUCCGUCUUUAGACUUUUUUAAAAUGACACGGACUCUAAAAAAUUCAAAAAGCCUUUGCUCCCUUGAUUAUGAAGAUGAUGAUGACGACGACACACAAAUGAAAACAAUUGUGUCAUCCCCAUGUGACUCACAUGACUUUAUGAACAUCACCACCCCUGGUUCCAGUCCAGUGAAAGAGCAACUGAAUGAAGUAAGGCAUCAUGGGUCAUGCCAAGCAGGCUUCAAUGCAAGGGAUUACAAGAAGGCAGCUGCAGUGUGUGAAACUGAUGAGGACACAAGUGAUUGUGAGAGCACUGAAGAGGGCAUCUUUCCGCUAGACUGCGGGGACUUGGAUCUAGAGCAGAUUGAAAACAACUGAGGCUCAAAGUUGUGUACUAGAAUCAGAGUUCUAAAUUUAAAUUAGUGGAUUACCUUUGCAAUGCAUAAUCCAUGUCCCUGAAUCUCUGUAUUGCCUAUCAUGGGCCUGUGUUAGAAGAAAUGUUUCAGGUGGGGGAAAAAGGAACCAUUAUUACCUGUUUAUAGUCUAUUGAUCAGUAUAUGAACAGCAAAAGAUGACUGGUGGUUAAAUGUUAUUUUGAACAUUGAGUAACUUUGAUUACAAAUUUCCUAACAGAUAUUUUGCAUUUUUAUGGCUUUUACAGUUCUGGAGAAAGGAUCUCUAUUUUGAAAUGAAUUUUCUGAAGGGCAUUCUAUAAAACUAAAUCUGUCUACAGUGAUUCUGGUGCGGGUAUAUGUUCCAUUUGUUAAAGAGCUUAAUGUGAAAAGUGAGUUGCAUAAUUAAAUUGGUAAUAAACCAUUGGAUAUCUGGAGGUCUGAACUCUUAAGUAUCUGGUUGACAAUUGGUCCAAAAUACUUAACUGUCUCCUUAUACAGUGAGUGGUUAUAAAAGUUCAUAACAUGUACAAAUGGUUUUUCAUACAUUCAAGACUUUUUGAUCAAAAUGUAGUAGUGACCUUAAAGGUUAACAUUUUCCAUGAUUUUACUACUUGAAUUGUUUUUCUAGCCUGAAACAAUGCUAAUUUAGGUGGGAUAAAACUGCAAGUAGCUGCCCACCUUCUUGGUCAUCAUUAUGUUUUCUGUGGUUCAAAAGAAUGUACAAGAGCACUUGAACUUUUAAGCAGGGACUUUGUAAUGAUCAAUUCCCCAGGAGGUGAUCCCUUCAGCAAUACUAGAAGGAAGCUAGUCCUUGAAUUAAAUAAAAUGACAUUUUGCUUUACAUUUGCAUGUGUUUGUGAAUUUUAUUGGUUGAUAUUUGAAGUCUUUGGCAAGCAUUCUAGUGUGGUAUCUCAAACAUGGGGAUGUAGUUUUGGAUUAUUCAGAUU